CCUGGGUUCCACAGUGAGUUCAAGACCAGCCCGAACUACAUAAAGAGACCCUGUCUCAAAAAAGAAAAGAACAGUAGCACAUUAUUAGUAUCUGCACCACACGAAUAUAACAUAUUCCAAAAACCUAGCUAGUAGAAAAAUGCAGCAAAAUAAUUAGAAAGUGAUGAAUUUUGAGGAUCUCCCUGAAUUGCCCAGGCUGGCCUCAAACUCGCAAUCCUCCUGCCUCAGCCUCCCACCCAGCUGAAAUUAUUUUAUAGGAGCGCGCCAGUUUUUUGUUGUUGUGUUUUUGUGGCAUUCAUUUCCCUCAUUUUUCAAGGGGACUCAAAGCCAGAACAGCAAGGCUCAACCGGCCACCAGGGGGCGACAGAUACCGGGCGACUCGCAGCUGGUGACUGGAGGGAGACCGUGGGGUUCAGCCACUGGGUCGCUUCCGCUCCCUCAAGGACAAAUGCAAAUGCCCCAGAGUGUCCUCGCACCGGGGCGCUGGCAGGUGCUUGCAUCGCGGAGUGGCCUUUGCCCAACCAGGCUCAGGGCCCUUCCCUCUAGAACAUCGGGGCGCCCUUCCUGCAGGUCCCCGUGAGAGGACCUCGAGACUGUGUGGGGGCACCCCGGGGGCUCUCCAGACCCCUACCGUGCAAUCUUUGCGGCCAGACAUCGGCUGGCCAACCUUCCCGUCACCUUCUUACCCUGAGGCUGAGCUUCCUCAAACUGAAGCAGGCGCGACGUGGAGGCCCCAGUCACCCUGGGGCUGGGUCACAGCUCAGAGGCGCCCCGAAGGCAGAGAUCUGCAGGCCCAGCUCUGUGCCCAGCUCUCCUCCGGAAUGAAAGUGGAGCCUCUCACUCUGGCCCAGCACCCCAGUGUGGCCCGUCUCUUCUGCCAUUCUGGGAGGGGGACACAGCCCUGGCCCGUGACCUCUGAUCUCAAGAUCCCGCCUCCUGUCCUGAUUGUUGUUCCUCCAGAUCACUGGCUGGGCCAGCUCCCCCCGCAUGGCGGUUUCCAGAUCCCUCCGAGCCCUGGGUGGGGGCUGUCUCGGGAGCCUCAUCCCCCUGCUGUUUUUGGUUUCCACGGCCUCCCUCAACACUGCCAAGAUCCCUGUGACCUGGACCAGCUGGAUCUGUUCUCUGUGCUGCUAGGGGCCUGGCAACUGCAGAACCCGGGUCCCCGGUCCCAGCAGGUGGGCAUCGCCUGGGUGCUGCCCCACCCCGGGUACUCCUGGAAGGAAGCAGCCAGAGCUGAUAUCGCCCUGGUGCGUCUCAAACACACCAUUCAGUUCUCGGAGCGAGUCCUGCCUAUCUGUCUGCCUGACUUCUCUGUGCAGCUCCCUCCCAACACCAGCUGCUGGAUUGCAGGCUGGGGCAGCAUCAGUGAUGGAGUGCCGCUGCCUUACCCACAGACUCUGCAGAAGCUGAAGGUGCCCAUCAUUGACUCUGAGGUCUGCAGCCGCUUGUACUGGCGUGGAGCAGGGCAGGACGCCAUCACGGAGGACAUGCUGUGUGCUGGCUACCUGGAGGGGAAGCGGGAUGCCUGCAUGGGCGACUCCGGGGGUCCCCUGAUGUGCCGGGUCAAUGGUGCCUGGCUGCUGGCCGGCAUCAUCAGCUGGGGCGAGGGCUGUGCAGAGCGCAACCGGCCGGGCGUCUACACCAGCCUUCUCGUCCACCGCUCCUGGGUACAGAGGGUCGUGCGCUGGGCUCAGCUCCAUGGGCACAAGGCGCGUGGCACAGGCGCCCAGGGGGCCGGGCCCUCCUAGGGCCUCAGAAUUCCUGAGUCCACGGAGGCUUCUUCCGUUGUAAAUACACUACCUACCUCUUGGGGGCGCCCGCGGUCCGCAGGGAUCUGGGAAGGCCACGCCCACACCGUGCUCGGUGCCUCUUGCGUGUACAGAACGUGUUCAUGAUUUUUACAGUUAUUUGUAACCUUGCCCAUAUAUUUAUCCCUUCACUCAAUAAAUUAUUCUCCAGUUUG